CUUUUCUGGUGUUUGGAGACUCACGUAUUGUUCUGCAGUUAACGAGCCGCGGGUGCUGCCGUGAGCCCCGCCUCCCUCCCAUAGUAGCCUACUCACAGGCGCUCAGACUGACAGUUGCCUGUGUGUUGAUUAGAUAGAUACACACUCCUACCACAAGGUGUCGCCACAUAGUUGUGACCUAUGUUUAAAUCCACAUGUACGGUAAGGGACCCGAACAAGACCUCUUGAUUAAACUUGGCUAACACUUUAGCAUGGAGCACGAGUCAGUUCAUUAAUAGACCAACAAACAAAACAUGGUACCAGGAGUAAAUUAUGAAGUAAAAUAAAAACACAUUAAGUGAGGAGUUGUGACAAGCGACAUGGAUUCAUUAAAGCCACCGGAGACGCUAAAACUUUCGGGAAAUGUCGACAGCAACUGGCGGACCUUCAAGCAGCAGUUCCAGCUUUACAUCACGGCCAUGGGACUGGAAACUAAGCCGGAUGCUAGGAAGACAAACUGGAUAAAGUGCUCGAGAAAUGUGAUGCCCACUGCUCUCCCAGAAAGAACGAAACAUACGAGAGAUAUGUAUUCCGUUCACGUGUGCAGCAGCAUGAGCCUUUUGAUAGCUUUCUGACUGACCUGAAGCUAAAAGCACAGUCAUGCAACUUUGCUACGCUGAGGGACUCCAUGAUACGGGACCAGAUCGUUUUUGGCGUGGAGGAUAAAAAGGUCAGAGAAAGGCUGCUAAGGGAAACGGAGCUGACAUGUGAAGCAGCUAUACAAAUCUGCCAUGCAAGCAGCUAUAAAAAUCUGCCAUGCAAGCGAGCUGUCCCAAAUGCACGUCAGGACUUUCAGCGAGAUGGCGGGCGCGGCUAAGCUGAGUGAUGGCGCAGCAGUUGGUGCGGUCUCCAGCCAAGGCAAAUGGCCUUGGCUGGAGACCGCACCUACACAGCGGUCGGAAGAAGGAACAUUCAGCUGUAAGCGCUGCGGCUCGAAGCACAAACCACGACAGUGUCCGGCAUUUGGUAAGCAAUGCUCUAAUUGCCAGGACCAGAACCAUUUUGCUAAGCAGUGCUUCUCAAAAGGAAAUGAGAGGAAGAAAGAAAAGUCUGUAAACAUAGUGGAAGACGAUGAUUUAAGUGAGACAUUUUUUGUUGGCAUGGUGAACUGUGAAACUGAGCAAAAAGAGGUUAAUGCAAUCAGAGAAGACAAAUGGAUAGCUCCACUGAUGAUUAACGGGACAAUAAUAACUAUGAAACUGGAUACUGGUGCAAAAGCAAACCUGAUGAGCCUGUCUGACAUCAAGGCAAUGAAAGAUAAGCCACAAAUUAAAAAAAGAACACAGGCACUAAAAGAUUAUAAUGGAAAGAAAAUCAACAGUUUGGGUGUGUGCAUAUUAAAGGUAACCUCAAAAGGUAAAGUGCACCACCUACUUUUCUCUGUUGUCGCUGAUGGACUUGAUUCACUGCUGAGUGAUAAAGCAUGUGAAGAUUUGGAACUUGUCAAGAGAGUGUAUUGCAUCAACACAACUGUGAGUACACCAAAUGACUCAAUUGAUUGUAUAGUACAGAGUUAUGCAGAUGUGUUUAAGGGUUUUGGUGUGUUGCCCUUCACAUACAAAAUCCAGCUCAAAGAAAAUGCACAGCCAGUUGUGCAUGCUGCAAGAAGAGUUCCAGCGCCACUCAGAGAUCGCUUAAAGAAAGAGCUUGACAGAAUGACAAUGCUCGGAGUGAUACAAAAAGUUGAGGAGCCAACAGACUGGGUUAACUCGAUGGUCUGUUUAAAGAAGAAAAGUGGUGAUUUAAGAGUGUGUAUGGACCCAAAAGAUCUUAAUGAAAACAUCAAGCGUGAACAUUAUCAGAUACCCAAGCGUGAGGAAAUCACAAGUGAAAUGGCAGGUGCCAGCUUCUUCACAAAGCUUGAUGCGUCUCAAGGCUUUUGGCAGCUGAAACUGGAUGAAAGCAGCACCAAAUAUUGCACCUUUAAUACACCAUUCGGCAGAUAUUGCUUCCUCAGACUGCCCUUUGGGAUCAUCUCAGCAUCCGAAAUAUUUCACAGAGCAAUGGAGCACAUCAUUGAGGGGCUGGACGGUGUUAGAGCAUAUGUUGAUGACAUCAUUGUGUGGGGCUCUACACUACAAGAACACAAUGAGAGGCUGAAAAAGGUGCUGGAGCGCAUACACAAAUUAUCCGUGCAUCGGCCUGAGAUCAGACUUCCCGGCUAUGACUACUUGCGGAACCACUAA